AUGGAAGAUCCACGCCCUACCAAACGGGUUCGUUUCAAAGAAGUAAAGCACGACCUCAGUGACACCUAUACUUCCCAAUGUGCUCCUAAUGCCAAUGUCAGGUCCACUAAUCUAAAGCGCUCGAGUAGCAUCUUGCCAUCGCUGCAAGACAUUUACAAAUGGACCUUGACAGACAAGGCAACCGCUCCCUGCUUUAUCAGGGAUGUUCUCGCAAUGAGGGAAAGGAUUGUCAAAGCACCCAACACUCGAUUUUAUUGGCUGGGGCAUAUCCCCUGUCAAACAGUACUCAUUGUCGGUAUUGUGGUUGGCAUUGAGGUGUCCAAGAUGUGGACAUUAUAUACAAUCGAUGAUUCCACUGCUGUGAUUGAAUGCAUGCUACACCACCCUCCGCCCUUCGCCCACUUGGACUCGAAAGCCAGAUGGCUCGCACUAAAGUCAAGCGGACCUCACAACGCCCCUCCCCCGCCCAAACUUGUCACUGCCAUCGGCUACCCUGUACAAGUGAUUGGCACAGUGAAAGAAUUUCACGGCGAGCGACAGAUUAAAGUCGUAUUUAUCAAGCCCUCUGAGUCGACAAAUGAUCAAUGGAAGCACGUUAGGACCGUCGUCGAACUUCACAAGUCGAAAUACGCCGUCCCAAAGCCGUUCCAGAUUCCUACUGAUCCGGAUUUUCAAGCUCGGACGUCGUUGAAGCGUCCACGGCCCACCCUUGAGCCAUCCUCGCCUCUUACACACAGCCCAACUUCCGUCCCACCCAGCCUGGUCAUACCUGGAUCUACGGACCCUCCUAAAUUAUUGCAUCCUUCUCUUUUACGCACGGCAGAUCUGACCGACAAGACAUUUAUGUCAUAUCUUGAACAUUUCUUGUUCAACGCACUACCUGAAUCGCCUAACCCUCCUACUGAGCGUGCAGAACUGACACUCUCCCAUCUUCGCCGAAUACCAGAACUAGCACUCCUAGCUAGCCUUGUAGUCGUCGCUGAAACAAGGCGUCGGGAUCCAGCAAGUGCAGAGGCAGAGGUAGCUGGGACGUCUACCAAAGCUGUCAUUCGCCCGAGGUUCAGGCCCUCCAUCUCACCACGCACGAGGAUGAAGAACUUAUUUCAGUGGGCAGUGCUAGGUCUGUACAAAAAAGGCAGCGUCGUACUCUCUGAUAUACCAAGUCCCGUUGCAUCCCUUCCUGUCAGCAGCGUUAUAUUUUCCUCUCCUCACCCUUCUCCAUCCAAGUCUGUCAUCCCCGAACAAGAUGGCCAUCUAUCUGAUCCUCCACCGCAUGAGGAAGACGAAGUUUAUGUUCCCGUAACCCCGGAGCUCCUUGUUGGACCCAUGCUUGAAAUCUUGCGUGCGAAGGGUAUCACAGGCAAGACUGCUGCUGUUGGAGCAGGCGUACCCCACAUUUCACCUCAAAAUAUGAGUGCUUCGUCCCUCGGCAACCGUUGUACAGAAGCUUGCGUUUCAUUUACGCCCACAUUUUUACAACCCACAUUGCACCACCACCACCAAUCGCAAAUGCACCGAUUACACUACGAAAUCCUCCUCGAAGUCUUUGGGCACGCAUACGCUCAAGCCGUAGAUGAGCUAGGUCUCAGUGACCUUGUCGCUCUUGCCACCGUCAAUAAAGCCUUUUUUGACGCCUCGAUCCCAACAUGGUGGAGGAAAUUACCGUCUGCAGAGCCCCUGCUGCACCUCAUACCCGACCACAUCUUGCACAGACAGUUCAAUGAGAAUCACUGGUCCUAUUCGUUAUACACUGAGCUGGCGCCGCAACACCUAACUCGCCUAUACCUAUAUGCACGGCAUAUACGCGAAAUCGACGCCUCCGGUAUUAGUCUCUCCUUCGGCGCUGCUCAGGCCUUCAAGUAUGUCCUCCGCGUACACUCGGAGUCAAACUCGACAAACCCCCUCCUUCCAUGCCUCAAUCGCCUGCGGCUCAGAGCGAGACACGACACCCUCCUUGAACAUAUCCCUGCACUCCUCCAUGACGGUCUAAGGCUUGUCGAACUCCCGCACUAUGCUACGGGUCUGGACUCUGCCAUCUCUGCUCUUCUCACGGCGCCAUCGGCCCUAAGAACCCUUGUUUAUGUCGAUCUCCCUAAAAAUACGGAAUCGUUUGAAAAGUCUCUCCACUUGCUUCGCUCACUGCGGCAUCUCACAGUAUCACUCCUUGGACCCACUGGAAUGAAGGCGAUUGCGUCCUUGCCGUCCUUGGAGUCCCUGAGCCUUGUGGUUGAAGACUCACUCCGCACGCUACCGUAUACAAUCACUUCCAUUCAUCCCAUCGUUUCGCUUGAGAUCGUACUACAGACAUCGUUUAUCUUAGGAGGGAUCGACAAUAACCCCUUUGAGUCUGCAAUGUGCCUGUUGCGCGCACUUCCUAUCCCUUGCUGCCAGCUCACCAUUGUACUUCCAGUCCACCUUGGGGGAGCUGCAUUGGCAGCAUUCAUUGCGUCUCUCACCCAGGAUUUCGGCGUCUCCAACAAUUCCACAUUUUCUGCUAUGGACCUCCGCCGCCUUUCAGUUGAUGCGGGUAUUCACGGGUCAUACAACAGCGCCCCCCUUCCAAUCAACUUUUUGGAACCCCUAUACGGCGUCCCGCUCACGCAUAUUGACCUGGCGUCCUUUUCUAUGUGUACUCUGGACGAUAACACUUUACGCGCGCUCUCAUCUGCCUUCCCCUGUUUGGAAUCCCUCUUUCUAGGCACCCGUCGUUACUGGACUGAUCCUCCAAGAGCAUCGCUGUCUGGACUCUCUACAGUACUGCUCAAUUGCCCCAGUUUGAAAGAAUUGGGGCUAGUAUUCAGCUGCAGCUUGGGCGCAUUGGACUUUUCUUUCCUCGCAGUCAACACCUCAAUCACAACUCUUCAUGUAGGGGUAUCUCCGCCGUAUAACCCCAAUGCUGUCUCUGCUUUCCUUGCCAGAUCUCUGCCUCGCCUCAAGAAGAUACGCAUUGAGCCAGGUGACAAAUACAUAAUAAGUACGCGCAACUACGUCUCAGCAGAUCGUAGUCACCGAGAAUCUGGUUGGAGGGCCAUACUGGCCAAGAUUUUAGUGUACAAAUAG